UCAAGCUCAGCCAGGACCGUGGAGUUGUAAUUGAUGAUCAAUUGAACUUCACAGACCACAUUGCUAGAACUUUUCACAUUCGGUUUUCAUUGGCAUGUGUCAAAUUUGUGACCCGUGACAGUGGAUAGACUUUUAAAAUUUUGUCUAGUUUGCUAAACAAGGUAAUUGGUUUUAAAAUGCCUUUGCUGGGGAAGAUAGUUGUGAUCGAAAGACAUGGAGAAGAUGGCACUGCAUUUCCAUUCACAGCGCCCUGUCUGUUCGGAAGGAAGCUGGACUGUGAUAUUCGUAUUCAGCUGCCGCAGGUGUCAGAUGAGCACUGUAAAAUAGAGCUGAAUGAGAACAACGAGCUCAUUUUGACCAAUUUAAGCUCUGUGAACCCCACACGUAUUAAUGGACAAGUUCUCAAUCAAUCUGAACGGUUAAAGCAUGGUGAUCUCAUCACAAUUAUUGAUCGUUCUUACAGGUGA